AAAUAUUGGGGCUCACACUGGAGUUUAAGUCCCCUUUACUGACCCCACACUGGGCUAGAGUGACUGGGGACAGGGCAGACUGACCAACCCUGUAAAUGUCUCUGCAUCUCGAGCCCCCAGCACUGGGCUUCCUUGUUUACUUAUUUAGAGCCCAGCAGAGGAAGUGGUAAAGGAAACUCGCUGAGUCGUUUUCUGAGAAGAGACCAUAUUUGUUCGCAGAGGAAGCCGUUGCUUUCUUGGAUCUGGCUACAGCUGAAAAGACGAAUGCUCCACAAAGGGUGUUCCAGAGGGUAGGUGGGGGUCGGAAGGGUCAAGGACGUCUCCAAGCUCUGGAUUUGGGGUCCUGUGUCCAUGGGCACAGCACCCAUGCUCAGCCUGUGAGCUUCCUCCUGGAGAGCGGUCAUGGCGCUGAGGAACGUACCCUUUCGCUCCGAGGUCCUGGCCUGGGACCCUGAUAGCCUUGCUGACUAUUUCAAGAAGCUGAACUACAGGGACUGUGAGAGGGCCGUGAAAAAGUACCACAUCGACGGGGCUCGGUUUUUGAACCUGACAGAAAAUGACAUCCAGAAGUUCCCCAAGCUCCGGGUGCCGAUUCUUAGUAAGUUAAGUCAAGAAAUCAACAGGAAUGAGGAGAGGAGGAGCAUUUUCACACGCAAACCCCAAGUCCAGCGGUUUCCUGAAGAGACAGGUUCCUGGGCCUUGCCUAGUCCUACUGAAUCAGAGGCUCCAGGGCCAGGGCCAGAAGUGUCUGCACAACUGAAAGCAAUCCUUUCUGACCUUCACGCAUGUGAAAGGCUGGAAACCAUCUCUGCCCUCUGGUUGUCUGGGAGAAUGAGUCCCUUAGGGAGACUUUUGGGAGAGACACUUGAAGAGGACAAUGGGGGCUGGUCAUCCUUUGAAGAAGAUGACUAUGAAAGUCCCAAUGAUGAUGAGGAUGGGGAGGAUGACGGUGACUAUGAGUCUCCCAAUGAGGAGGAAGAGGCACCCAUGGCAGAUGACGCUGACUAUGAGCCGCCACCCUCUAACGAUGAGGAAGCUCUGCAGAGCUCCAUCCUGCCUGCCAAGCCUUUCCCCAACACCAACUCCAUGUAUAUUGACCGGCCACCAUCCGGGAAGGCCCCCCAGCAGCCCCCGGUGCCCCCGCAGAGACCAAUGGCCGCCAUGCCUCCCCCACCGGCCAGCCGGAAUCACUCGCCACUACCCCUACCCCAGCCCAACCACGAGGAGCCCAGCAGAAGUAGAAACCACAAAACAGCCAAGUUGCCACCUCCUUCGAUAGACAGAAGCACAAAACCUCCACUAGACCGUUCAUUAGCUCCGUUUGACAGAGAGCCCUUCACACUAGGAAAGAAACCAGCAUUUUCUGACAAGCCCUCCAUUCCUGCAGGGAGGCCUCUUGGAGAACCUUUAUCCAAGAUACAAAAGCCUCCUUUACCACCAACCACGGAAAGACAUGAAAGAAGUAGCCCCCUGCCGGCGAAGAAGCCACCUGUUCCAAAGCAUGGAUGGGGACCAGACAGAAGAGAAAAUGUAAGUACAAAAUUGCAUCAAAGGCCUCUGCCCCAGCCAGCGCUACUUCCUAUGAGCUCCAACACCUUCCCUUCAAGAUCUACCAAGCCAAACCCCAAGCACUCUCUCCCCUCCUCUCACAUGCCUGGAGUGUUUCCAGAAAGCAACAGUGGUUUUCCUCAGAGCGCCUCUCUCCCGCCCUACUUCUCUCAAGGUUCUAGCAACAGACCGCCUCUCAGAGCUGAAGGCAGAAACUUUCCCUUGCCGAUUCCAAACAAACCUCCGCCCCCAUCCCCUGCAGAAGAAGAGACUUCAUUAAACGAAGAGUGGUAUGUUUCCUAUAUUACUCGAACAGAGGCAGAAGCUGCUCUUAGAAGGAUAAACCAGGAUGGCACUUUUCUGGUUAGAGACAGCUCUAAAAAAACAAUAACCAAUCCGUACGUCCUUAUGGUGUUGUACAAAGAUAAAGUUUACAACAUCCAGAUCCGUUAUCAAGAGCAAAGUCAAGUUUACUUGCUGGGAACUGGACUCCGAGGGAAAGAGGACUUUUUGUCUGUGUCAGAUAUUAUUGACUACUUCAGGAAAAUGCCGCUUCUGCUAAUUGAUGGGAAGAACCGAGGUUCCAGAUACCAGUGCACCUUAACGCAUGCUGCAGGGUACCUGUAGAAGUUAGCCAAGCAAACUGGCCUUCCUCCUGCUUCUGUUUCCAACUUGGACGAUCAAUGAACUUUGGUCAAUGGAUAAACACUUAGUACUGAAUUGGACCCCUCAUCAGGAACACAAGAGUUUUGUUCUUGUCCUUUAUAAAAAGUAUUUGAAAUGAAGACUGUCAAAAAAUCCCAUAAUUUAUUUAUUCUUCUUCAGUGUUAGUAAAGUGCAUGAGUAACAAUGGCCAUACUUAAGGUCUAGUAGUGCACUGUAAUAGUUCAUUUUAUAUAGCUACAUAAAUAAUUUGGGGCAAGUUUAAAAACACUGAUACAGUAAUAGUUAUUGGUAUCACAUAAAACUGAUAGUUUUUAUAGCCAAACAUCUUGUCAGAAGCAUCAUAAGUUUUAUACAUGUAAUUUAAAAAUUACUAAAAUUCAUUUUCUCAGCAAUAAUUUAAGAGGCCUCAAAAAU